CAUCGAAGCAUUCAUCAAACGCGGAUGGCUUCUUUAGUUACUCUUGCAGUGAGAAAGGAUCAUUUUUACAACUUCACCCCUUGAUGCAUAUGAUCUGUUAUAUAUGGCGUCGGAUAGACCAAUCCACUGUAACAUAAAGAAUCCAGUAGUUGUUAACAUAGCAGACGCGAAAAAUGAAUUUCAUUCUGGCUGCAAAAUCAUCGACAUUACAUUUCCAAAUGUCACAAACCCAGAGAGUACAACCAUUCUGUCUAUCUGUGACAGGGUAGGAGAAAUCCAUUUCAAGAACAGCUAUGUAGCUUACCUGACAGUUCGUGUUAAACAAAAGCCUGCCCCUUCAGAGCCCGGAAGUGACUCGGGUACACCAGAGAUAAAAUGGCGGACAUGUGUACAGAGGAUGCGUCUGAUGUCAAACCCACACUGUGAGGCGGGCUCUCAGGACUACUACUGCAUCUCCCAGAAACAUUUCAGCUUUGACCUGACCCAGCUAACAGGAAUGCGUCUGAUUCUGCAGCAGCCAUCACCUGUAUGGAAGGACUUUCGAUUGGAGGAGAUUAAGCUAUACCGCUCAUCAGAGUCAAAUCGACCACAGCCACUGCCAGCCUGGCUCAUAGAGGAGGCCUCAAACAGUUCCAGCAAGAAAAGGAUUGAGCACUUUGAUAGUUCAGUAAGCUAUGAGGAGGAGGCAGAUGUAGCUCCCCUACAAAAUGGGGGAAAUGUGGCGGGGUUAGGUAGUGUUGAUGGCAUCUCUGCCAGUCUACAACAGCUGUGGGCACUGUCUGAGGGCGUCGCCUCAAACCAGACUGAAAAGGCUCUGGGCAGAUUUGAUGUUGACGGAUGCUAUGAAAUCAAUCUGCUUUCAUAUACAUAGAAAUUAAAGAGUCAUUGAAUUUCAUAAAGUGUGACAAUCAUUUGCUAUACCUGGCACUCUGUGACUUCUGGAUAUCUGUGACAUGCAAAGACACUGGAGAAUAGUUUGGUUUCAAGAGAUAUAUAGAACUCACUUUACAUGUUACAGACUUUCAUAAUUUCUCAUCUUUUCUAAAUACCAUACAAUCAGCAAAAACAACAGUUUGAAUAUUAGUUAAAAUUCAAGAAGUGUUAAUGUACAUUUGUAUUACUAGAUUCUAUGUUUGAUUCAAAUGACAUAAAAAGCACUGAAACUGAGGGUAAUCUAGAGGAAAACCUAAGGCAUACAAAGACUUUAUAAUACCAGGUAUGCUACAUGUGAAUGGGAUUGGAUUGAUCUUCAUUAAACAAUCAUAAAUUUAUAUUUUCAAAACAAAUUCACUUCCUUCGUAUAUUGCCAUUCGCAUUUAUUCUUAUUGAGAAAAACAUUCAAGAGAAAGGCAUGUCUCAUCUAGGCCUCUCCCAUCUUUUUUAACCUACAGAGAAGAGAUGGGCCUAUCAAAUGGCUCUUCAUUCAGCAUUUGUCCGUCCUAUAACAAUUCUUGUUAUUGCUGUUUGUGAGAAAUUUCAUCUGUAGAUUCCUCUUGGUCCCUAGUUGUACAUUGGCUGACAGAUCACCAUUUUAAUGUUGACAGUUGAAGUUUGUUAUUGCUAUUUCUCAGAAAGUUCUUUAAGGAUCUUAUCAAAUCUCACCAGUGGGUUCCCCUUGGUCCCUACCCCUCCGUACAUAUUUUCAGACUGACCAGAAAGCAGGAUGGCCCAUGUUUUAUUUUGAGUUUUUCGUGGAUAUUUCAUUUACCCAGAGGUAGAUUCCUCUUGUAUCUUGGAGAGUUCUUGAUACAUGUUGAUCUCCACUAGAUUUAUUAUGUAGGUUCCUCUUGUUUUCAUAUGAUUAAAAGAAAGAAGAGAAAUGUAGAGAAAAGAACAGUUUUAGAGAUCCAAUAAAGGUCAUUCUGUAGUGGGCUUUUUUGAGAAUACAGUUUACAUGAUAGUUAUGAGCUAUGUGAUAUAGAAGGGGUAAAAUGGCAUGAGGGACAGAUAUUUCUGUGAUACAUAAUGCAUAUAAAUACUUCCAAACAUGUCCCAGUUAUAGAUUUGCAAGUGAGAGAGUGGAUUGAAAGUAAUUUUGUUUACUGUUUACAUAUAAUGUACUUCUUCAAAUAAAUGCAUAUUUAUAAAGAAC